AGCCGCGCUUUUCGGAAAUCUUUUAGAUUCUGACGAUGCGCGAAAAUCUCUAGUAAAAGCGACCAUACAUGGCUCGGUACCACUUCCCGCUACUUUCCUCACACACCCGACACUAAUGAAUGUUCCACCCGAGAUAUUUGCUAAUAUAUGCGAAUAUCUCGAACCACCAGAACUCUUUGCGCUUUCUUCGACAUGCAGAAAGUAUCAUGACUAUUUAUGUUCAGAAGAAUCAGGUGUCACACAACAAAUAUGGAAAAAUUCUCGGAUCAUGUUUUUGCCACUGUUGACGGAACCCCCGUUGGAAGGAAUGGAUCAAAGACGAUAUACAGCACUCUUAAUUUUGCAACGUACUUGUCAGAUUUGUGGUAAGACUCAAUAUGAAAAACCGGUUCCUUUUCAACUGGAUUUAGCGAAAGAAAAGAUGCCUCGCCAAAUUUUAGCAGCCGUUCCACACAUGACAGCCUCUCCACACAUGCCAUCCACUUCAUACAUGCUAAGAGUGGAAGAUACUCGUUGCAGCAAAACCUAUGUAAGCACGAUCAACACAAAGAUCCAUGUGCUGAAUCGAUUGCACGUUUACUGGCGUCCAGAUAUAAUAAAAUUAGUGAAAAAAUGCCAAGCAAUGAAACCAAAAGACCGACAGGCAUGGUUGCAACAACAAUCUACCGAAAUGACUUCUAAAAUGCAAGAUUUUCAACGACGAAGAACUGCAUAUUCUCAAGAAAUUCUAAGAAAAGCUGAAGAAACACGACAAAAUCGACUUGCACGUGCCCUCGAGUCUUUAAAAAAUGAAUUAAAUUUUGAUGGAACUCCCAGAUUUCAUACGCCAAUGUUCGAUUAUUGCACGGCUCGUGAACAGCCAUUACAAUUUUUUGUCUUUACGGAUAAGGAUUGGGCAAGGUGGCGUAAUCGAAUGGAAUUUGAAUAUCGAAAAAUGAUGGAACGUGCAAAUUCAUUCAAACCAAUAAUGUACCUUCAUUCAUAA